CGCCCACGUUUCUCUGGUGCAUAAACGUUUGGCUACGACAAAAACUACGAAAGUGUUCUGCUGCAGAUUCUGGCCCCUGUCAGGAUUACUCUGAUCACUCACACUGCCUGACCUGCAGCAACUGUCGGGCUCCAAAAAUUCUUCACAGAGAACACAAGGAAUGGCCUUCUCAGCUGCCAUAGUUGCAACUCUUGCGUCAUCAGAAAGCAAGAACAAUGGAAGAGAGUCGCCACACAGAGUAGGCUAGGAUCUUCACAGGGCGCAAAUGUUUUACAAUAAGACAUGAUGAAAGCAAAGUAGGACUUCCUUGUCAUUUCUUUAAUCCUAACAUAACAUCGGAAGGGAAUUGGUGUAACCCGUCCAGAUGAGACGUGAUCCGCUGGUUUAUUGCCUGACGCUGCUGUCAAUCCCGUACGGGGCGGUGAAGUUCAGCCUACCGGAGCGCGCGAGAUAUAGAAGCGCACGUCUGACACCGGAGGAGAAGUUGAGCGGCGGAGCCUUUAUCCUCUCCAGCUUGCUUUGCAUUGCUCUUACUUCAACCAGGAAUUAAAGGCAUUACUGAAAUAAUGCCGGACAGUAGAAAGUUCAUCGAGAACCUCUCUGGAGCAGGGAAGUCCAUCGGCGUCUUGACGAGCGGUGGAGAUGCUCAAGGUAUGAAUGCCGCUGUGAGGGCAGUGGUCAGAAUGGGAAUCUACGUAGGAGCAAAAGUGUAUUUCGUCCAUGAGGGCUACCAGGGCAUGGUGGAUGGAGGGGACAACAUCAAAGAGGCAUCAUGGGAAAGUGUUUCCAGUAUGUUACAAGUGGGUGGCACUGUGAUUGGCAGCGCCCGUUGUAAGGAUUUUCGUACCCACGAGGGACGUUUGCGUGCUGCUCUGAACCUGGUGCAGCAUGGCAUCACUUACUUGUGUGUGAUUGGUGGAGAUGGCAGUUUGACCGGAGCUAAUCUCUUCAGGGAGGAGUGGAGCGGACUGUUGGAUGAGCUUGUCCAAUCAGGUCAAAUCACUGAAGAGGCUUCCCAAAUUCAUUCUACGUUGCAUAUUGUUGGGAUGGUUGGCUCGAUAGACAAUGAUUUCUGUGGGACAGAUAUGACCAUUGGCACUGACUCAGCACUGCACAGGAUCAUAGAAGUGGUGGACGCCAUAAUGACCACUGCACAAAGCCAUCAGAGGACCUUUGUGCUGGAAGUCAUGGGUAGACACUGCGGGUAUCUAGCAUUAGUGAGUGCUCUUGCGUGUGGAGCUGACUGGGUGCUGAUUCCAGAAAUGCCUCCCAAAGAUGGCUGGGAGGAUCAGAUGUGUAACAAACUAUCAGAGAAUCGUGCUGAUAAGAAACGGCUUAAUAUCAUCAUAGUAGCUGAAGGUGCAAUAGACCAUAACAACAAGCCCAUAACCACAGACCAAAUAAAGGACCUGGUUGUGCGCUGUUUGGGGUUUGACACGCGGGUCACCAUUUUGGGUCACGUCCAGAGAGGAGGAACACCCUCUGCCUUUGACCGCAUUUUGGCGAGUCGAAUGGGAGUGGAAGCUGUUUUGGCCCUGUUAGAAGCGUCUCCUGGCACUCCAGCGUGUGUCGUGUCUCUGUGUGGGAACCAGGCUGUCAGGGUGCCUCUGAUGGAGUGUGUUCAGAUGACGCAGGAGGUCCAGAAGGCCAUGGAUGAAAAGAGAUUCGCAGAAGCCGUAAAGCUGCGCGGCAGAAGUUUUGAAAACAACCUGAAUACUUACAAACUCUUGUCUCACCACAAAAUUGACACUGAACUUCCAAAUAGUUCGUUUAAUGUGGCCGUAUUGAAUGUCGGCGCUCCUGCAGCUGGCAUGAAUGCAGCCGUGCGUUCGGCCAUCAGGGUCGGGAUCACAGAAGGCCACACUAUGUUUGCUGUUAGUGACGGAUUCGAGGGCUUCUAUAAGGGACAGAUAAAAGAAAUCAAGUGGGGUGAUGUUGGGGGCUGGACAGGCCAGGGCGGGUCCCUGCUAGGGACAAAAAGAACUCUCCCAGCAAAACACAUUGGUAAAAUUGCAGAACAAAUGAGCAUUCACAACAUAAACGCUUUACUUGUUAUCGGAGGAUUUGAGGCCUUUGAGAGUUUGCUGCAGCUGGUGGAUGCCCGCAGCACUUAUGAGGAGUUCUGUGUGCCCAUGUGCAUGCUGCCCGCCACCAUCAGUAAUAAUGUAGCCGGCACUGACUUCAGCAUUGGCGCUGACACUUCCCUCAAUGCCAUAGUGGAGACGUGUGAUCGUAUAAAGCAGUCCGCCAGCGGGACCAAGCGUCGCGUGUUCAUCAUUGAGACGAUGGGUGGUUACUGUGGUUAUCUGGCGACGGUGGGGGGGCUGGCGGCCGGAGCCGAUGCAGCCUACAUCUAUGAAGAGCCGUUUGACAUCCGAGACCUACAGUCUAACGUCGAACAUUUAACUGCAAAGAUGAAGACUAGCAUCCAGAGAGGUUUAGUGCUCAGGAAUGAGAACUGCAGUGAGAACUACACAACUGACUUCAUCUACCAGCUGUACAAUGAAGAGGGCAAAGGAGUCUUUGACUGCAGGAAGAACGUCCUGGGACAUAUGCAGCAGGGUGGUGCUCCUUCACCGUUCGACAGGAACUUUGGCACCAAGAUCUCUGCUAAAGCCAUGCAGUGGAUCUCCAAGAAGCUCAAAGAGUUUUACAGAGAAGGUAAAGAGAAAGCACUCCUGUAA